UUUUCUAUUCACAAUCCGACACACCGAUAUAGAGCUAUCUCUGUAUUUAUACUAGCAAACAUUAGACCUCCAAUCCCAGAUUUCAAGUGUGUCUAUUUACAUUUGACAUACUUGUCAAUACAGCAGUAGGAGUCUCAACCUUAAUAUUUCAGCGACUUCUCGUGUGGCAAGCUUGGCUGUACUACGGAUAGGAAAUUCAAUAGUACUACAUAGGUCUAGGCCUAUAUGCUUGAAUUAACUAUUGGUCAAGGUCUCAUCCGCCAUGAGGAAUAUAUUGUUUGUACAGUCCCUGACAGUGUUCAGAACAAUAUCCCAUCAUGGAGUCAGAAGUAGCUGUGUUUACGGGACAAAAAUUACCUGCAACGCGUCAGCUUCACAUAGGCCUAUUCAUACGACUGUAAUCUCUAAAGCACAAUACCCAGCCUUAGUCAGUACGGAAUGGGUGGCAGAAGCAAUGGCAUCACGGAAGACACCGGAAGGAAGACCCUUCCGAGUUCUUGAUGCUACUAGGAUCGGGGCGGAAACUAUGGAGGCACGCAUUCCCGGAAGUCAUCAUAUUGACCUACACCAACUCUGCGACAAGGACUCGCCCUAUCGUUUCACCGUCCCGACUCCCGAGAAGUUUUCCGAGUACGUAGGAGAGACACUCGGCGUCGACAACGACACGCACGUCGUUCUCUACGAGGAGAAGGUCAACGUCAUGACGGCACCAAGGAUAUGGUGGAUUUUCCGGUAUUUCAACCACGAUGCCAUCUCCGUACUGGACGGCGGGCUUCCGCAGUGGAUGGCGGAGAACCGAAUGGUGACAGAGGUGCCACCGCCUGCGCCAGAAGCUGCCGAGUUCAAGGUGACGGAGAGACGCGAGGAACUCUACAAGGGUUUCGAAGACAUAUUACAGAACGUGAAGGAUAAAGAAUUCCAGAUCAUGGAUGCUCGUCUUGAGGAAUGGUAUGAUGGAUCGAAGCCUUCCGUUUAUGAAGAUAUCCCCCUUGGUAUCAUGAAGAUGGCAACAAACAUCCCUUUCAACAACGUUCUCAACGAUGACGGCACCAAGUUCAGGUCACCCGACGACCUCCGAAACCUCUUCGAGUCACGCGGCAUCGACCUGUCCCGACCUUUGACCUCGUCAUGCUACAUUGGAAUCACAGCCUCCAUCCUAGCCAUGAGCGCCUUCCUGGCGGGGAAGGAAGACGUAGCAGUGUAUGACGGCUCCUGGGAAGAAUAUGCCCAAAAGGGACCAGAAGACUCGAUGAAUUUAUACACCUACGAGGAAAAAGAACCAUAAAUCUGCCUUCCCAAUACAGUUAUGUCCUUAUGGUUCUUACUGCAAAUUGUCGGUAUUUUUCAAAAUUGUUACCCAAGUAUUUUUUAAAGAAUGAUCAUAGAAAAUGUCUGCUUACUGCCCUACAGGAAACGAUAUGUUUAUCUAUAUUUUAAGUCUAUCAGUAGAGUAAUUUCCGACCGGUCAAAUAUUCAGAUAUUCUGUUGGUCCUAAAGCAUCAUGAUCAUUAAUUCAAACUUACAGAUUGCUUUUAGUCAACAUCCAAGAUAAUCCACAGGAAAGUAAUUUCUUUGGGUUUAGAUCAAUUACACAGAUAACUGUAACAUGAUCACGAAUAUGAAUUUGAAAUGGUUGAGAUUGUAACACUCUUUAUUCCUUUUUGAAAGGGAAAGACAAAUUAUUUCUGUGCAUAUUAAUAAUUACUAUUACAUUUUCUGUGAUAUGCAGUUUUAUUUAAAUUGCAUGUAGAUGUAGUCUCUAACAAUUCAACGAAGUUCUUUUAAUUGUAAUUUACAAGUACGGUUCUAAAAAUGCUUUGAUUUUGUAUUUUUUUGAAGGAUUUUUUGAUUUUCUGCUACAUACUGAAAUAAAGUCAUUGCUGUGGGGAAAGAGAAACUAAUUAUGAA